AUGGCAGACCCGACAUCCUCCCUGUUCGCCGUUGACCCUUCCGAGUACUCAUCUGUCACCUUCUCCCAGUCAGCGUCGAUGGCUGAUCACGCCGCCCCGGCGGAUGCCGCCAACUACGGCGACAGCAACACCGGUCCCCGCUCCAAGCGCAUCGCCUGUGUCGUCUGUCGCAGAAGAAAACUGCGAUGCGAUGGUAAGCGACCAAGCUGCGGAACCUGCUCGCGACUGGGCCACGAGUGCGCCUACGACGAAGCGCGCAAAAAGAGUGGUCCGAAGCGGGGGUAUGUCAAGCAGCUGGAGGCACGAUUAGCUCAGGUUGAGACCCUCCUGAAAGGCCAGGAUCCCGACACCACCCAGCGAGCCUUGCCGGUGCCGCAGCCUCAUGACAAUGCAUUCACUGCGCCCCUCAAUGAGGAUUCUUUUAUAUCCUUGCCUGAUAUCUCGGGACUGGCAGGGGAGAUGGAUGGAUCGAUGCCCACCUCGAAUGCGGCCUCCACAUCGCAGCCGGAGCCGCUGCCCACGCAGGACGUGAUUGAUGAGUUGGAUUAUAUCUACUUUGAGAAGGUUCACCCGAUACUCCCUAUCAUCCACCGGCCUCGAUACUAUGCGGCAUUAAACCUCGCGCCGCAUAUGCGGCCACCGAUCUGUCUGCGAUACAUGAUGUGGUGUCAUGCGGCGUCUGUCAGUGACAAAUAUCAUUUCCUACACGUCCACUUCUACAACCGAGCGCGCAAGUAUGCCGAUAUGGAUGAGAUGAAGGGCUUCGGGGAGAACGUGGUCAGUGUGAGGCACUGUCAGACGUGGAUCCUUAUCGGCACAUAUGAAUUCCGCAUGAUUUACUUCCCGCGAGCAUGGCUGAGUGUCGGCAAGGCUGCGCGGCUAGCACUUAUGAUGGGGUUGAACCGGCUGGAUGGCGAAAGUCUCGAUGUUAAACAGACUAUACUGCCACCUCGAGACUGGACAGAUCGCGAAGAACGCAGAAGAACAUUCUGGAUGGCCUUUUGCACUGACCGCUAUGCAAGUAUUGGUACCGGCUGGCCCAUGCUCAUCGAUGAGCAAGACAUCAUGACGAACUUGCCUGCCUCCGAGGAGUCCUUUGUCAAGAGCAAACCCCAGCGAACACUUCGCCUUGCCGAUAUCCUGGCAGGCGAGGGAGUCACCACGCUAUCGCCGUUCGGAUGCGUGGUGGUGUUGGCCAGUCUCUUUGGGAAGAACUUCCUCCAUAUCCAUCGCCCCAGCCCACAAGACAACGACCAUGAUCUGAAUGGAGAGUUUUGGAAGCGCCAUCGCAGCCAUGAUAAUAUUCUCCUUCAUAUCGCAUUGUCCUUGCCCGAUCAUCUGCGACUCCCAUCUGGCAUGGAGGAUGUCAAUGUCAUCUUUGCCAACAUGAGCAUUCACACGUCGACCAUCUGUCUUCAUCAGGCGGCGAUUUUCAAGGCCGAGAAGAAUAAGAUGCCCAACCAGAUCAUUACCGAAAGUAAGCGGAGAUGUCUUGUGGCUGCCAAUCAGAUAUCGAGUACCAUGAAGAUGAUCAGCCAUAUGGACUUGACGAAUUUGAAUCCAUUUAUGUCGUUUUGUCUAUACAUAUCGGCGCGUGUUUUCGUGCAAUAUCUCAAAUCCCGGCCAGACGAUUCGACGGUCCAGUCGUCGCUACAAUUUGUGGUUGGUGCACUCAACGCAAUGAAGUCGAAGAACCCUUUGACCGAGUCCUUCCUUGUUCAAUUGGAUGUUGAUCUUGAAGGUACUGGGAUCCGAGCCGUGAAUCCUAGGUUCGCGGAGAGCGCCAAACAUGCUGCGCAGAUAAUGCAAUCUUUUUGUAGUGACAGUGCGGGCCCUUUCCCUGGCACAUUCGUCCCAGACCAGCCCACGCAACCCGACUUUCAGCAGGAGGGAUCGCAUCCCACCACCAGCCAACAUCCUGCACAUAAUGGCAUGUCAACUUCGCUUCCCAGCCGCCACAAAGACUCCAUGUCCUUGCAUCCGGAGGAACGCGCCCACGAGGUAAGGCGGGUGUUCCCUCGGGUCACUCAACCGGGCCCAGAUUUCGCGACUGGCAUGAUCUUGGACAUGGACGUCGACCUUUCACCAGACUUUGGAUCGAGCGAUAAGAACAACCCCCCGUCCGACCAUCCCACGCCCUCGACAAUGAAUUCCUCCUCCAAUACCUCCUACUCAAUGACCGGCACCGAGAGCAACUCCCCAGGCAAGAAGCAACAAAAGUUGAAUUCAAACUACGCCAGCCAGGGUCCCACUACUACGUCCUCAGACACGUCGAACUCCGUACAUAUCUCGCCGACAGGCACCGAGUCUUCUUCCCAGGUUCCUAAUAAUCUGAAUCCGUUGGCCGGCCAAAUGUAUCCAGGCACCACAGAAGGCUCGAUGGGCUCCUCGGGGGUAGCUAGUGCAUUCAGCAUGCCCUCUGGAUGGAACAUGCCCCCAAAUCCCGAUGCGGACGGAGACAGUAAUUUGGACUUUGGCACGGUUCUGACCGAGGCCCAGUGGGCGAAUAUCCUCAAUGGGACUGGACCUGACCAUUCCUCCGGAUGGGAAAACUGGCGGUCGACGUGA